AUGCAUUGUCAGACCCACCCAGAAGGACUUGAAUUACAUAUCGCAUCGCCUUUUCCAGAAGGGGUCCAGGAAUUCAUACAGAACCUGGAUUUGCGGGUCCGGCGAUCCGUUGCCGACAUUACUGUCGCAAAGGUGUCAACAGAUGCCACAUCUGGUGCAUCGGACAGUGAGCUAAAGAAAAUUUGGGAUUGGAAUAACACGGUUCCUGUGAUGGUGCCGAGAUGCGUUCACGACAUAAUCGCCGGGGAAGCCCGACGACGACCACUUGCGCCAGCAGUCUCUGCCUGGGAUGGCGAGCUAGACUAUCAGCAACUAGACGAGCAUUCCACUCGAUUCGCCAAUUUCCUAGUGCAGCUGGGUGCUGGGCCGGAUGACAUCAUUCCCCUAUGCUUUGAGAAGUCCAAGUGGAUGAUGGUGGCCAUCCUGGCGGUGAUGAAAUCGGGAGCAGUCAUCGCUGCUCUGGAUCCAACUCAGCCCGAGUCCCGCCUGCAGACCAUCAUGAAACAGCUUCAGCCAGGCUGGAUGAUUGCAUCGCCCGCCCAGAUCGAGGUGGCCACCCGUCUGGAAACCAGCGAUGUCAUUCUCCUCGACGAAACUCACCUGCAACGAUUGCCUGAGCCUCAAAGCGAAAAACUUCCGUGCGUUGAUCCUUCUAGCAACCUAUACAUAGUUUUCACUUCAGGCAGUACUGGAAUGCCAAAGGGAGUCAUGAUCAACCACACCAACUUCAGCAGUGCCAUCGCCCACCAGAAUCGUGCACUGGGAAUCAACGAAACAUCGCGAGUCUUUGACUUUUCCUCAUACGCCUUCGAUCUAUCAUGGGGAAACAUCAUACACACCUUCGCUUCCGGGGGAUGCCUCUGCAUCCCCUCUGAAAGUGAGCGCAAAGGAAACAUCACUGAUGCAAUUCGCAGGCUUGGAGUAAACCAUCUUCAGCUGACGCCUACCGUUGCUCGCCUAAUCGACCCUCAAGACAUACCCAACUUGCGAUUGAUCCUCUUGAUUGGAGAGGCAAUGACCCAGGCUGAUGUUGAUCAAUGGACACCGUACUGUACACUGAUCAAUUCAUACGGCCCAGCCGAAUGCACGGUGGCAGUGACAUUCCAAACGAUCCCCCGUCACAUACCUUGGGAUCUGAGUAUGGGCAAAGGUGUUGGUUGCAACACCUGGAUAGUUGAUGAGGCUCAUGGGGACAGCUUGGUUUCCAUUGGUCAUACAGGCGAGUUGUGGCUGGAGGGUCCCCUGGUAGGACAAGGAUACCUGGGGGACCCCAAGAAGACUGCAGCUAGCUUUGUGGAUGAUCCUGCCUGGUUGGCCCGAGGAGCUCCUGGUAUCCCAGGACGUCGAGGCCGGCUAUACAAAACCGGAGAUCUCGCGCGGUAUAACUCGGACGGCUCGUUGGUCUAUUCUGCUCGCCGAGACACCCAGAUCAAGAUUAGAGGCCAGCGUGUUGAGUUGGGCGAUGUGGAAUACCAUCUUAAGCUUGCACUGCCCGACAGCAUUCCAUCUGUUGCAGCCGAGGCCAUCACCCCGCGGGGUAGCGAAAAUGCCAUCUUAACAGCAUUCAUCCCUCUUGGAGAAGUAGCAGACGAAAAUGAGAACAAAGCUAGAGAGAUUCUUGCUAGCUGUGUGCAUGGGGUGGAGGAACGCCUGACUGAGCAGCUGCCCAGCUACAUGGUGCCGAGCAUGUACCUUGCGGUCUCUGCGAUCCCUAUGAGCACCACAGGAAAGACAGACCGAUUACGACUGCGAGAGAUCGGUUCUGCUCUAACGCUAGAUCAAUUGACGAAGUUGCAGCCGUCGCGGGCAGCAGCAAACAAGGCACCCCAGACGGAGAUGGAGCACCGACUUCAGCAGCUCUGGGCGGAGGUUUUGAAUCUGGAAGCCUCCCAAAUCGGGAUAGACGAUAGUUUCUUUCUUCUUGGAGGCGACUCUAUCUCGGCCAUGCGGGUUGCCGCCAAAUCGCUCGCAAGAGGAGUUCAAGUUACAGUGCCCGACAUGUUCAAACACAAGACGAUCUCGCGUCUCGCGCGGGAGAUCCACCCGGAUAAUCUGACCAAUCAGAGACAAGGUCUGCGCGACCAACCGUUCGCCCUCUCUCCAAUCCAGCAGUUUUCCCUCAAUAUUCAGCAAAACAAACAUGGUCAUUUCAACCAAAGCUCCUUCGUUCGAAUUACCGAGCAUCAAGGACCCGAUGCUGUGCGGCGCGCCAUCCGGUUCGUUGUUGCCCGGCACUCCCAGCUGCGCGCCCGCUUUCAACGGGGCAGCGAUGGGACAUGGAUGCAACGGAUCACCCCAUGCACUGAUGAAUCGUAUUCCUGGACGUAUCAUCGCUUGUCAUGCUUGGAUGAUGCCAUCGCAGACCUUCAUAACAGUCAGCGAGCUUCGGACCUUCAGACCGGUCCUCUAUUUGCGGUGGAUCUGAUCGACACACCAGACCAUCAAUACCUGUAUCUCACAGCGCACGGUCUGGUUGUCGACAAUGUCUCCUGGCGAAUUAUCUUGAAAGAUUUGGAGGAGAAUCUAGUCACAGGAACUAACUCUGUUUCUUCCGCGCCACUCUCAUUCCAGACUUGGUGUCACCUCCAGGAACAGCACGCCCAGGAACAUCUGGCACCUGAUGAUGUUAUGCCAUUUAACAUCGAAUUGCCUUGUGAUGAGUACUGGGGUUUAUCGCCGGGUCUCAACACGCAUGGUGACGUUAAAGAGACCAGGUUCACCCUGAGCCAAGAGACGUCUGAUAGCCUGCUUGGAACAGCGAAUUGCGCAUUCCAGACCGAACCCGUUGACGUAUUCCUUGCGACCUUGCUACGGUCCUUUAUGGAUAUAUUCAAUGACCGAGAUCCCCCGACUAUCUUCAGCGAAAGCCAUGGACGAGAGUCAUGGAGCCCAACGAUCGACCCAUCCAAGACAGUGGGCUGUUUCACCACCAUGGCGCCAAUCCCAGUCUUACCGACCUCCUAUCAGCUGAGCACUACUGAGUUGGUGCGUUCGAUAAAAGAUCGAAGGAGACAGAUCCCCCAUAACGGAUGGUCUUACUUCACAUCGCGGUACUUGAACCCCGGAGGACAAGAGAGGUUUGGUAGCCAUGCCUGUCCUGAGAUUUCUUUCAACUACUUUGGUCCAAAUCAAGAGCCAGAGAGGAGCGACGCGCUCUUUCAACCUUGCUCCAGCCUGCAGGGUCGAGUGCCAAAUGUUGCAGACAGCAUGGACCGGCCUUCCCUGAUUGAUGUUUCAGCGGAGCUGAUCGAAGGAUGCGUGCAGCUCCGCUUCCUUUUCAGCAAGCACAUAAUGAAGCAAGAUAUGUUAGACGAGUGGGUUGCGGCGUUCGAGUCGUCGUUAGAAGCAACCGCAAUGCAGCUCUGCAAUACGCAACCCAGCUACACAUUGUCUGACUUCCCCUUGUUACCUCCCACCCCCGCAAUGGGGAAAAAAUUGGAGAAUCUUUCGCAGUCUGGAAUUCCUUACGGUGAGGUGGAAGAUAUUUAUGAAAGCUCUCCCUUGCAACAGGGAAUUCUGUUGAGCCAGGCAAAAAACCAAGAUAUGUACUGGACCCGAGUGCGUUGGACGGUUCGGUCCAGCAAGGAAAGGUCAUCCCCGGUGGAUGCAGCUCGAUUUGAGCUUGCCUGGCGGAUGGUCGUGAAGCGCCAUGCUGUGCUGAGGACCACAUUCGCCGAGAGCAUUUCUUCGGAUGGUUGCAGUUACCAAAUGGUUUUGAAAAACGCCUCACCCAGUGUUCACACGAUCCAGGCAGCGGAUCCCGUAGAUGCCGUUGUGAAGUACAGAUCAACCUCCGGGCUGCGGGUGCGACCGGUGCAUUCGCUCGUCCUUUGCCCAACAUCACACGGAGAUUUAUUUUGUGAGCUGGAACUAAAUCAUGCCAUAAUUGAUGCCAUAUCAAUCCAGAUCUUGAAUCAUGAACUGUGUGCCGCGUACGAUGGACUACUCCCGGCAGAGCCAGGGCCCUUGUACAGUGAUUAUAUCCGGCAUCUCCAGACCUUGCCCACGACAGAGGCGAAGGAAUUUUGGCAAACACAACUAGCUGGGGCCCAACCAUGCAUUUUCCCAACACUUGCCGAGUCGAAUCCCCAAGUUGGCAAUUCGAAGGUGAUUCACUCCCUGUCUAUCAGUCCUGAGACGAACCAGAAUUUGCGUCAGUUCUGCAGAGCCAAUGACCUGACCCCAGCAAAUGUAGUCAGUCUGGCAUGGGCAUUGGUCCUGCGGACCUACACUGGUAGUGACUCUCUCUGCUACGGCUAUGUCGUGUCUGGUCGAGAUAUACCUAUGCGCCAUGUAGACCGGGCAGUUGGCACGUUCAUCAACAUGGUGGUAACACAUGUGGAGAUUGACAGCAAACGAGAGCUUCUCACUGUAAUUCAAGAGAUACAGGAAGCGUAUUUACGCAGCCUGGAGUACAACUACUACCCCUUGGCAGAAGUCUUGCAUGCCCACCACACCGAGGGACAGCCGUUAUUCAACACCGCUUUGUCGGUAGAGACUGCGAGCGCUGACCUUACUCAACCCGAAAUGACAACAAUCGCACUUGAGGACGAGGCUGUGUUUGAUCCGCACGAAUAUGACAUGAUCGCAUCGUUCAUGUUGCUUGAUGAUAAUCCCAGGAUCUCGAUCAACUACUCCGAGCACCUGCUGUCAAAGGUGCAGGUCAGCGCAGUAGCUGACACAUUCCUGCAAGCCCUGGAAAAUAUCAUGCUUCACUCGGACAGCAAAGUGGGAGAUCUGGAGACGACGAUCAGUCCCCAGGACCUCGCUACAAUCUGGGGGUGGAAUUUGGAUGUGCCCGAGACCCUGCUGAGCUCAGUGCCUGAGCUGAUUACCCGAUGUGUUCAGGAACAGCCUGACGCAACAGCCGUAUGUGCUUGGGAUGGUGAACUUACUUACCGUGAACUUGAAGAUCUAUCCUCUCGACUGGCACAUCAUUUACUGGCUCGUGGAGUCAGCCCACAUUCAAUCUUGCCGGUGUGCUUCGAGAAGUCUCAAUGGGUGCCGGUGGCCAUUCUAGGUGUGCUCAAGGCAGGCUGUGCAGUAGUGACCAUGGACCCCGAACAGCCAGAAGAGCGUUUGCAGCUCGUGGCAAAGAAAGCCCAGGGUUUCAUUCUGACAUCUCCGGUCUGUCAAGAUUUGGCGUGUCGUUUACAGCCUGAAGUCAUCGUUCUAGAUGGACAAUCGCUCAAGGACAUGCCCGAGCCCGAUCCCUGCUACUUGCCAACAAUUUCCUCCACGGACAUGCUAUAUCUGAUCUUUUCCUCGGGAACCACGGGGACUCCCAAAGGAUCCGUGAUGUCCCAUGGGAACGCGUGCUCUGCAGUUCGCCAUCAACAGGCUCAUCUUGGGCUUCCCUCGCCUGCUCGAAUGCUAGACUGUCUGUCAUAUGCGUUCGACGCUCCCUGGUUCAACUUUCUGCAUGCGCUUACCUCGGGUGGCUGUCUAUGCAUUCCAUCGGAUACACAACGGAAGGACAAUCUUCCGGGCUGUUUGAGGACUCUGAAGGCCAAUUACGCGCUUCUAACACCAUCCGUCGCUAGGACCAUAGAGCCUGCAACGGUUCCUGGUCUUGAGACCCUUUCCUUGGGCGGAGAAGCCAUCAGUGCGGAUGACAUUACUCGAUGGCCCAAUACCAAGUUGUUUGGCCUUUAUGGUCCUUCUGAGUGCACUGUUGUCACGACAAUCUACCAGUUUAAAGGGAGAACGGAUGAAGCCAGAAUGCUAGGUCACUCCUUUGGCAUGAAUGCCUGGGUGGUUGACCCUCUGCAUGGCAAAAGCCUCGUGCCACUAGGUGGCAAAGGAGAGCUCUGGGUUGAAGGUCCCCUCGUUGGACAAGGAUAUCUCGGCGAGGUCGAGCAGACUUCGGCCAAUUACGUAGAAGACCCCGACUGGCUGUUGCGUGGAGCACCCGGCUGUUCUGGACGCCGGGGCCGGGUCUAUAAAACUGGAGAUAUUGUUCGGUCCCAUUCGGAUGGGUCGCUUCUUUACGUUGGUCGCAAAGAUACUCAGGUGAAGAUCCGGGGUCAACGUGUGGAACUCGCGGAAGUUGAACACCACCUCCGCCAAGCGCUGCCAGUCGGCGUGAAUGUGCCAGUGGUUGUGGAACUUGUUUGCCCUCAGGGUAGUGUCAAUCCAGUGCUGGUGGCCUUUGUUCCUAUAGGAGGUCAAGCUACCGCGUCACCACAGUCCAUCGCCGAGGCACUGAGACGGUACACGGACGGAGUCGAGGACCGCUUGAUGCGGAGCCUGCCCACAUACAUGAUCCCUCGCAUGUAUCUCCCCGUGGCGGAGAUUCCUUUCACAACGGCUGGAAAGAGAGACCAGCGCAGGUUAAAGCAGAUGGCAUCUUCACAUACUCUGGAGCAGCUUGCAGCGCUUCAGCCAUCGCAGCAUGUGCGCCGUGCUCCCUCAUCAGUGAUGGAAUGGCGUCUUCAAGAGAUGUGGGCUGCUAUCCUCGAUAUUGAUGCAGCCUCCAUUGCGGCAACAGAUAACUUCUUGCGAAUCGGUGGUGAUUCUAUUGGGGCAAUUCGUCUCGUUCGACUGGCUGCAGAACAGGGCAUCAUUCUCACGGUGUCCGCAAUCUUCAAAUCUCCCACUCUAUGCGACAUGGCCCAUGUCGCGAAGCUGGGAUCGGACUUCGUUCAGGACGAUAUCCCUCCAUUUACCCUAUUGGGGGAACAUGUGGUCGCUUCUCAGAUCCAAUUGCAGGCUGCAGUAUUGUGUGACCUGAGCCCCUCGACCGUCAAAGACAUCCUUCCGUGUACGCCUCUACAAGAAGGCUUGCUUUCUUUAACUGCCAAGCGUCAAGGUGACUAUGUGUACCCCCAAGUCCUGCAAUUGCAUGACUCGGUCGAUAUUUCACGCUUCAAAGAUGCCUGGAAUCAAGUCGUCAUGCAAACAUCGAUUCUGCGAACCCGUAUCGUUGACCUUGAAGGGCAAGGUUUAGUACAAGUUGUCACAACCCAUCCACCCGAGUGGCAUUAUGCCACCAAUCUAGACACCCUCAUUCAAGAACAUCUCAGUUUCCCCGUUACUCUUGGUACCGCCUUGGCCAGAUGUGGUUUGGUGGAGGUAGGCGGCGAAGAUCAGGAUCGGCAGCAGUACUUCGUGCUCACACUUCAUCAUGCACUAUAUGACGGAUGGUCAAUGUCACUCCUUUUAGCAGAGGUUGGCAAGGCUUACCACGGGACUGCGAGUGAUGGCCUUGUUUCUCUCAAUUCACUGAUCAAAUACGUGAGGGAGUUAGGUGCUGAGGCCGACUCAUACUGGCGAGACACACUGGAUGGUCUGGCAGCGGUGCCAUUCCCUUCCCCAUCAUCCCCCCUAUACCAGACGUGCGCACAAGAUAUGCUGGAGUAUCAAAUCCCAGAGAUUCAAUGGCCACAGAAUCAUAUCACUCCAGCGACCUCUCUUCGCGCGGCUUGGGCAAUUCUCACAGCCCAUUACACCCAGUGCGACGAUGUUAUCUUUGGAUCCACCGUCACAGGCCGACAGGCUCCAGUCUAUCGCGUGGAAGCUAUCGAAGGGCCAACAAUUGCAACUGUGCCAGUCCGUGUGACCAUCCCGGAAAACAUGAAUGUCAUGGGCCUGUUGGAGCAGGUGCAAGAGCAGUCGAUUGAUAUGAUCCCUUACGAGCAAGUCGGAUUGCAGCGAAUCCAGAGACUCGGCACGGAUGCGGAGAGAGCAUGUCAGUUCCAGACAUUGCUAGUGGUACAGCCAGCACCGGAAACGACGGUAACCGAUGGGAGCCCCUCCUUAUUUCACGAAGAUGGUAGUGCUGCUAGCCAGACAUCCCUUGGAAGCUUUAAUUCAUAUGCCCUCCUGCUGCAAUGUCAGCUGACGGCCACUGGCUUGUCCAUCCAGAUGAGCUACGACUCCCAUGUCAUGGCCGAGCCGCAGGUACAACGACUAGCCGUUCAAUUCGAACACAUCUUGCGGCUCCUGUGCGAUGAAUCUCAACAUCAAUCUCCCGUAUAUCAUCUCGAAGCGAUCUGUGACGAGGAUCUUCGGCGCGUUUGGACGCUUAACUCCCCGGUGCCAACCACAGUGGAAGCUUGCAUGCACGAUAUCUUCACAAAGCACGCCCGGCAGAAGCCGGCUUCUCAAGCCGUCGCAUCGUGGGAUGGAAAUCUGACCUAUAGCGAACUCGACGAACACUCCACCAAGCUAGCACAUCAUCUGCACAACUCAGGGGUUGGCCCAGGUGCUGUCGUCGCGCUCUGCUUUGAAAAGUCCAUGUGGAUGCCGGUCGCAAUGCUGGGGGUAAUGAAAGCCGGAGGUGCAUCGGUGGCUCUUGACAUCACACAACCAGAGGAUCGUCUCCGGACGGUUGUAGAGCAGGUGCAGCCUGUUCUUGUUCUGUGCUCCAUUCAGGCAAAGGCACUGGCACAAUCCCUUAUCGUUAAACCCGUGGAUGUUGUCUCACAACAGACCCUCGAUGCCAGGUCUUCCUGCAGCAUGGAACACGGUCAACUGCCCGUGGUUCAGCCUACAGACCGACUUUAUAUUUGCUUCACAUCAGGAAGUACGGGAGUACCUAAAGGUGCGAUGAUGUCUCAUCAGAACAUGGCUAGUGCAGUGUACCACCAGAGGGCGGCUCUCGAUUUGACCGACUCAGCCAGGGUUUUCGACUUUUCAUCUUACGCUUUCGAUGCUUGCUGGAUGAACUUCGUCCACACUAUAGCAGCCGGCGCCUGCUUCUGUAUCCCAUCGGACGAGGAGAGAAAGGGCGAUCUUGCCGAGUGUAUGGGUCGCUUGGGUGUGACCUUUACAUUCCUCACACCGUCCACCGCACGCUUGAUUAAUCCAGCAUCCGUCCCUGACCUCCAGAUACUAGUCAUCGGUGGUGAGGCGGCGACGCAACAGGACAUCAUCCAGUGGAAAGAUCACGUACAACUCAAGAAUCUCUACGGCCCCGCGGAAUGCAGUGCUGCCUCCACCAUUUUCGACAUCAGCAGCAACGAGCACCAUCCUGGAACCAUCGGUGCUGGGAAAGGAAUGGCGACAUGGGUGGUUGAGCCGGUCGAAAGCCGCCAAUUAUCGCCUUAUGGGGCAGUGGGUGAGUUAUGGCUCGAAGGCCCUUUGGUAGGAUUAGGCUAUCUUGGACGCCCGGAUCUCAGUGCCGCCAGCUUUACAGACAACCCUCCCUGGCUCCUGCAGGGCCAACCCCCAGGGUUCUCAGGGCGGACCGGCCGAAUGUACCGUACUGGGGAUCUGGUGCGUUAUAACCAGGACGGAACUCUGGUCUAUAUAGAGCGGAAAGAUGCCCAGGUCAAGAUUCGUGGACAGCGCGUUGAGUUGGCUGAAGUCGAGUACCAUCUAAACCAAACCUUGCCCCCAGCCGCCGCAGAGAUUGGUGUGGCCGUUGAGGUUCUCAGGCCGCAGGGAAGUGUUAAUCCAAUAUUGGUUGCGUAUUUGGCAAUUGGAGAGCCUGCACUGGGCUCACUGGAAACCAUCCGAGCGAAGUUGGCUCACUACAGCCAAGGCGCCAGGGAGCGACUGGAGGACCAAGUACCAAGCUAUAUGGUGCCCAGCCUCUUUGUUCCGGUGGUCAGUAUUCCCAUGACUGUAACGGGCAAACGAGACCGACGGCGACUGCAUGAGACAUGGGCGUCUCGGUCACUGGAAGAACUGGCGGACUUGCAACCAACCCGGGGUAACUUUCAAGCACCGACAACAGAUCUUGAAACACAAAUUCAGGCACUUUGGGCCGAAUGCUUGAAUAUUUCCGCAUCCAAAAUCGGUAUGCAAGAUAGCUUCUUUGCUCUCGGGGGGGACUCAAUUUCUGCCAUGCAGCUCUCUGCAAAGAGCCGGUCCAUGAAUCUCCAAAUAGCUGUUCCCGACAUUUUCCGGUGCAAAACAAUCGCUCGACUGGCACUUGGUGUCUCCCCCUUGGUGAACCUGGCUGUGGAUCAUACGCCGGAUGACCAGGGUGAGUCCUUUGCCCUUUCCCCCAUCCAACAGAUGUUCGCCGAUACACUGUGUGGGGUGAGCCAUCAUUUCAAUCAAAGCUUCUUUGUACAGGUCCGUAAGUCAGUCACACUCUCUCAGCUAAACGCCGCAAUGGAUGCUGUUGUGGGCCAACAUGGCAUGUUGCGUGCCCGCUUCGAGUGUGACGGAGAGAGGAUCUUGAGCCAGCGCAUCCUACCCCCUGGAACCUCGGGAAACUAUCGUGUCAGUCAGCAUGAGGUUGCGGACUCUCAGGCUACUUCAGUGGUGAUUCAUCACAGUCAACUCUCUUUGGACAUUCAGAAUGGACCAGUCAUGGCUGUGGAUUUGAUCAAUGCACCUGAGGGUCAAUCCCUGUUCUUGGUGGCCCAUCACAUGGUGGUGGAUCUGGUAUCAUGGAGAAUCAUCCUGGCUGACUUGGAGGACCACUUGACCAAUUCAUCGAUAUCAGGCUUGACGUCGAUGUCCUUCCAGUCCUGGUGUCGUCUACAGGCUGACCACGCCCAGAGCCACUGCGAGGUGGAGGCUGUUCUCCCGGACGGGACUUUGCCUCUCCCACCGCCAGACCUAGCCUAUUGGGGCCAGAUAAACAGUUCGAACAAUUUCGAAGAUGUGAUCAAGGGUAAAAUUGUUCUCACAAAGCAGGUGACGGAGACGUUAUUGGGGCCCGCGAAUGCGGCAUUUGAUACACAGCCAGUGGAGCUCCUCCACGCCUCGAUUCUUCAUUCCUUCGCCGCCACGUUCCAUGAUAGGACACCCCCAACAGUAUUCAGCGAAGGCCAUGGUCGCGAGCCCUGGAGCUCUGCAAUUGAUAUCUCACGCACAGUGGGGUGGUUUACCACGAUGUUUCCCAUAGUAGCCGCGGCAAAGAAGGGGGACAAGAUCGCCAACCUCGUGCGUCAAGUCAAGGAUCUUCGGCGUCAGAUGCCAAGCAAUGGACGGCCAUACUUUGCAUCUCGGUUCCUUAGUUCGGCUGGCAAGGAGGCAUUCCAGUCCAAUGGCCCUGUUGAGAUCAUGUUCAACUAUCUUGGUUUAUAUCAGCAGCUAGAGCGAGCAGACGCCCUCUUCAACCUACGCAGUAUGCCAGACGGGGUUGAUGAUCUUUGUGAUAUCUCUGGAAAGAUGCCCCGCUUUGCUUUGGUGGAUAUUUCGGCGUCUGUGACAGAUGGAUGUCUGCACGUGGAAUUCCUCUAUAAUCAGCACAUGAAACACCAAACCUCAAUCCGCACGUGGAUCGAGGAAUGCAAGCACACCCUCCAGACAGCAGCGCGGGAGCUUCCUCUCCUUCAGCCGAGCUACACUGCGUGCAGCUUCCCACUGUUACGCAUGAGAGAACCUGACCUACCGACACUAAGGCAGCGAUUGACCGAUCUAGACAUUGCCUACGGUCAAGUGGAAGAUAUAUAUCCCUGUUCGCCACUCCAAGAGGGAAUCAUUCUCAGUCAGAUCAAGAACCCAUCCCUUUACAGAACGCGGAUCCGGUGGAUGGCGCGGUCUAGACAAGGAUCGACAAGAGUGGAUACAGACCGAAUCAAACAGGCAUGGCAGCAGCUGGUAGACCGACAUGCAGCCCUUCGCACUAUAUUCAUUGACAGCAUCUCGGGCAGAGGGCUCAAAGAUCAACUGGUGGUGAAGGACCUCCUGGCGAACGUCCAUAUUGUCCAGCCAACAAAUGAAGCAAGGAUCGGGGGCACAUCCACAGCAAAAGGUGACACGAGCUCAACAUUCAUUCUAUCCCCAACGGACUCUGGUGUGCUGUGUGAGCUAUCCAUCAACCAUGCUUGCAUUGACGCUCGUUCUUUGGGGAUCAUCAAGGAGGAGCUGUGUGCCGCAUAUGAUGACAACCUCCCCUCAGCUGUAGCGCCACUUUACAAAGACUAUAUCCAGUUCAUGCAGUCUGUGCCUACUUCCCCGGCGGAGAAGUACUGGCAAAGCCAUCUCAAAGGGGUCAACCCCUGUAUAUUUCCUCCUUUGGACGGCCCGGAAGCGGGAGGUCGGCGGUUGCGAACCAUCUCAAGUACAUUCGAUCAGGAGCUACACCUAUCGCUACGUGCCUUCUGCAUGGAACAUGGACUUACCACAUCCAACGUGUUCCAUGUUGCCUGGGCAUUAGCUUUGCGUGCUUACACUGGCCUGGAGACAGUAUGCUUUGGCUAUCUCACAUCCGGUCGAAACAUUCCCCUUCAAGGAGCUGACAGAACCGUUGGUCCCUUCAUUAAUAUGCUUGUUAGCCGCGUGGAUCUGGCUAACGGGGACACGCUCACGGCCUUGGUCCAGAGGAACCAAGAACAGUACCUUCAGAGCCUGGAGUUUCAACAUUGUCCACUGGCGAAGAUCUUCCACUUGGCAGAUACACCUGAGAAGGAGCUCUUCAAUACUGCGAUGUCGCUUCAAUCGAGUGGGUCUUUGCCACAGGCCAGUAGUUCGACAAUAUCACUUGUAGACGACGGAGGUGAUGAUCCCACCGAGUACGAUAUCCUGAUAAAUAUUGGGGUUGGGGAUGAGGAAACCGCCUUGGACUUCAAUUUCAAUGGGUCAAAGGUAUCUGAAAGUCAUGCAAAGAGUGCCCUCGACAUAUUCCACAAGGCCGUCAAAAAGAUUGUUCAGCAUGGAGAUCAGACAACGUUGGAGGCCAAUUUUAUCAGCAGGCAUGACUUACAAACCAUCUGGGAUUGGAACUCCUCCCCAACGAAGCCUGUGAACCGAUGCGUGCAUGAGUUCAUCAUGGAGCAGGCCGAGAGACAACCAGCGGCCGCUGCGAUCUGUGCUUGGGACGGCAGUCUCACGUACAAAGAGCUCAAUGACAUGUCCACGAACUUGGCAUUCCAAAUUGGUAAGCUUGGUGUCGGGCCAGGUAUGAACGUCCCAUUGCUCUUCGAAAAGUCUCGGUGGAUGUCCGUUGCCAGCUUAGCGGUAAUGAAGGCUGGUGGAACCAUGGUGAGCUUGGAUCCGUCUCAACCAGAAGAGAGACUACGGGUUAUCAUCGAUCAGGUCCAGCCAGGGCUCAUACUCGCCUCUGGAGGAGCCCAAGUCAGAGCCUCGAGUAUUGCAGAUUGCCCCGUUGUUCCUGUCGAGGCCGCCAGCUUGGCAAUGUUAAGUGCACCCCUUGAUGCCAGCUUACCCACGGUCGAUCCUGCCGGUAGUCUGUAUCUGGUGUUCACAUCUGGAAGUUCCGGCCUGCCGAAGGGGGUGGCCAUUAGUCACUCUAACUUCAGCACGGGUAUCGCUCACCAACGUGACUGCUUGAAGCUAUCCACCUCCUCGCGAGUUUUGGAGUAUGCUUCGUACGCGUUCGAUGUCUCCUGGGGCACGAUUCUUGCCACUCUUGGUGCUGGUGGCUGCGUCUGUAUUCCCGAGGAAUCGGAACGCCGUGGGGAUAUUAGUGCAACCAUGCGUCGUCUGGAGGUAAACUACGCAGGCCUCACUCCGUCUGUCGCACGUCUUCUGGAUCCUUCGGACACGCCGCUUCUUAAGACCCUUGUCUUGGCCGGCGAACCUGUAUCACAGUCGGAUGUGAAGCAAUGGAGUCCGCACGUCGAUCUGAUUAAUGCUUAUGGUCCUGCAGAAACCACUGUAUGGGUGACAUUUGCAAAUCUCGGAACAGACAUAUCUACCCCAUCCAUCGGAAAGGGGGUUGCUUGCAACACAUGGGUUGUUGACCCUUGUCGACCAAGCCAGUUGACACCACUGGGCUGUGUGGGUGAACUUUGGCUCGAAGGCCCGCUAGUGGGACGUGGUUAUUAUCGCGACCCGGAACGAACAACAGCCGCCUUCAUCGAAAAUCCACAAUGGUUGGUCCGAGGACCAGGGGGCACGCAAGACUCUGGUCGACAAGGAAGGCUUUAUCGGACCGGUGACUUGGUUCGGUAUAUGCCAGACGGAUCAAUCGCAUACAUUGGAAGAAAGGACAACCAAGUUAAGAUUCACGGUCAGCGGGUCGAGCUCGAGGAAGUAGAAAAGCAUAUCCAGCAGGCCAUCAUGAAAAGUGCAGCUGCAACGGCUAUGGUCUCUGUUGUGGCUGCUAUCGUCGUUCCCAAAGGAAGCAGCAAGUCAAUUUUGGCAGCCUAUCUCGCUUUGGGAAAUUCGGCAGUGGGACCAUUGGAUGUGGUUCGCACAGCUGUCAGCCCUUAUGUUGGGCUUGUCAACCAGUCACUGGAAAAGCAAUUGCCCAGCUACAUGAGACCAAGCAUCUAUAUCCCUGUCGCCGAGAUCCCCACCACUACAAAUGGAAAGACCGACCGCAGGAUGCUCCAAGCCAUGGCAUCUAUCCGCACUCUUUCUGAAUGGGCAAGCCUGCAGUGUGCCGAUGCCAAAGAGUGUACAGCAUCUUCUCCGGGAGAAUUGGAGCUUCAAAGACUUUUCGCCGAAGUGCUGAACAUCGACCAGAGUCUUCUGGGUGUGAACGAAAGUUUCUUCUCGCUGGGAGGAGAUUCCAUUACGGCAAUGCAGCUGUCGGCCAAGUCCAAGUCCAGCGGUGUAUACGUCACAGUGGGCGAUAUCUUCAGAUACAGGACCGUCGUGCAGCUGUCAAAGCAUGCGAUUGAUACGACGGCUAUGUCCGCGCCGCUCCGAGAAGCCACGGACAACCUCCUCGAUCUCUCUCCUGCCCAGGAGCUAUUCUUUGCCUCGCAGGACAAGGGCAAGAACUUGUUCAACCAGACCAUCCUGGCCCGCGUGUCAAGUCCCCUGAAUCCCAACACUCUUCGACAGGCAAUCGAGGCUCUGAUAGCGCGUCACCCCAUGCUUCGUGCUCGCUUUUCUCAGGCUGCUGACGGGGCCUGGAAGCAAAAGAUUAUGCCUGACCCCGCAGGCUGCUAUGUUUUCCGCGAACAUCAAAUUACCUCCCUGGAAGACAUAGAGCCUGUUCUGCAUAGCAGCCAGGAGUCCAUGGACAUUUCCCAAGGCCCUGUUCUUGUCGUGGAUCUGAUCGAGUCAAGUCAGAAUGAGCAGUAUGUUUUCCUGGUUGCCCACCAUCUUGUGAUGGACCUCGAAUCAUGGAGAAUCACCCUGAGGGAGCUGGAGGAGUACAUGAUUUCAGGGAGAAUAACCGGCUUUACGCCAUUCCCAUUCCAGUCUUGGAAUCAUCUUCAAACGAACUAUUCUCGAGAUCAUUCCCCUCCGCAGGAUGCAUUGCCCUUUGAUGUCAGACCACCCCAGCAUGAUUACUGGGGAUUGGCCCCUGGGUAUGAUGAAAACACCCUGAGCAAUGCCGGUCACAGCAGCUUUACGCUUGAUAGGUCUCUCACCGAGAUGCUCAUGGGCCCGGCCAACUCUGUGUUCAAUACACAGCCUCUUGAAGUCCUCCAUGCAGCUCUUUUGUACGCGUUUGUCAACACAUUCCCCGACCGCGAUCCACCGCCUAUCUUCACUGAAGGGCAUGGUCGAGAGGUCUGGGACUAUACCAUCGACCUUUCGAGGACCGUCGGGUGUUUUACCACUCUUUCCCCGGUCUCGGCUCCCAUUAAACGAGGUAGCAGCCUUGCAGAUGCGGUGCAGUGUGUUAAGGAUACACGCCGACAGGCACCACGCCACGGCUCGUCCCAUUUCACCUCCCAACAUCUCAAUUCUGCAGGACGGCAGGGAUUCACGGCCAAGGGUCCUGUGGAGAUCAUUUUCAAUUGCACGGGGUUGUCUCAACAGUUGGGGCGCCAUGAUUCUCUGUUCCAACAGUCCGAGAUCACGGUAACGAAGCCCUCUGCUGCUACAACAACGAUUUCCCGCUUUUCGCUGGUUGAUGUCACUGCAUCUGUCACUCAUGGUCAAUUGAGGUUUAAAUUCACAUAUAACAAGGAGAUGAAGCCAUUGGAUAAGAUACUUGAAUGGAUCAAUCAGUCCGAGUGCGCACUGAGAACCGCGGCGGAAGAACUCGUGGUCCAUAGCCCAAGCCGCACUAUCUGCGACUUUCCCUUGCUAUCUCUCUCGCAAGAAACCCUGGAUGAGCUUUCCAACAGAGUUCUGCCGGGUUUGGGUCUUUCCUACAGUCAGAUUGAAGACAUAUACCCCGCUGCCCCAGUCCAGCAGGGCAUGAUCAAGAGCCAGACCAAGAGCAACGAGCUCUAUUGGACUCGACUACGGUGGACAGUCCAGUCAACGUCCACAUCGCCAAUUGACCUCGAUCGGUUGAAGUGUGCAUGGCAGCUAGUCGUCAAACGGCACUCAGUGUUGAGGACGAUCUUCAUUGAUGGUGUCGGACCCAACAAAGGCAAGAGCCAGUUGGUAUUUAAAGAUGUUCCUGUGGAUGUCAAGCUCCUGUACACCGAGCAGCAGAUUCUUCCGGUGCCAGCCAGUGGGGUGAAAUGGCACACCGAUUUGUCUACCAGGACAGAAACACCGCAGCAUUCUCUUGUUCUCACGCAAACAGCUUCAGGACGCGUGUUCUGUGAUUUGGAACUGAAUCAUACCAUGUUCGACGGACAUUCCCUAGGCCUCAUGAAGCAGGAGAUAUGCGCAGCGUAUACUGGUAGUCUGCCCACUUCACCCGCACCGUCAUACAAGGUGUACAUUGAACAUUUGUCGAAAUUGCCUGUUGAGGAUGGUGAGCAAUUCUGGCAGGCAUACCUCCAUGGCGUUCAGCCAUGUCACUUCCCGACACUCGGGCAGCCAGGCACAUCGCACGGUCCACAAAAGCGCACUGCGCUAUCCGUGUCGCUGGACUCGUCCACUCAUCAAGCGCUGCCUGCGUUCUGCCAGCAGCAUGGAGUUACUUCUUCAAACGUGCUUUAUCUGGCCUGGGGAAUUCUUCUCCGCGCCGUGACUGGUGCAGACAAGGUCUCUUUCGGCUAUGCCACGUCUGGACGUGAUGCCCCCAUUCCUGGAGUACACAUGGUUCUUGGUCCUUUGAUGAAUAUGCUUGUGUGUGUUCUCGACUUUGGGGCGCAAAAAUCUGUGCGUUCGACCAUGGAAAAGGUCCAAGAAGACUAUCUUGCCGCUUUACGAUACCAGUUUACUCCACUCGGCGAAGACAUGCAGCUCUCUGGGACGUUCGGCCAGGGCCUCAUCAACACCGCUGUAUUUGCCCAGGUUGGUCCCACUCGUAGGGAACAGAACCUGCAUGAAAUUUCAAUUGCAGACCAGGCAGGACGGGGGUCGCCAGAUUAUGACAUUGCCAUUGCCUUCGCUCAAGACGACGUCGAAACUAAGAUUUCAUUCGACUGCGCAGCCCUUGCUCUAUCCGAAGAAGGGGUCCAAAGCCUUGCAGGGCUUUUCCUUCGGGUUGUUGAGGAUGUCCUUCGGGUCCCAGAUCAAAACGCACAUGCGAUCAAUUUGAUCAGCCAGCAGGACCUGGAGAGCCUCAGGGCUUGUAAUCAAACAGAUCCCCAGAGAGUGGACUCUUGUCAUAACGUCACCGCGCAGGCAUCAUCGGACCAGCUCGCCAUGGUUGACAACCAGCACACUGACUCUGUGGACUCACAAACACCUGAACUCGGUGUUUAA